AUGCCUAGGAGUAAAUCCGUGGCCGAUGAUUCUCCUCUGGGAAGCGAGAAACGUUCCGUGCGAAAGCGAUCCGUCGGCACAAUGGACCUCGACAGAGAGGCUACACCUUCAAAACGAGGGCGAGUCUCGGCCCAGGAAAUUAUCAACGUCAAGUCAUCAUCCGUAGACGACAGCGAAACAGAAGAUCACGACCAAGAAAUACAAGUCGGCGCCACAGAUAAAGCCUCUCCGUCAAUAGACGUCGCCGAGGUCCCCAAGGCGACACCCAAACGCAGAGGACGCCCCCCCAAGUCACAAUCGCAAACCAGCACGCCGUCUAAGACACCCGCAAAGUCAAUUUUUGCAACGCCAGUCAAGAAUCACGAAACUGAAUCGGCGACGCCUAAAAGACAAGCGGCGGAUCGAUCAGCACGAAAGAAGAGUGCCAGGGCUCUCAUAGAGAAUGUAUUCGAUGAUGGCGACGAUGACGACGAAGAGGACGACGACGAAGUUCUCGUGCGCGAGAUAUACGAAGACAGCGACGCCGAGGACCUCGGUGACAACGCCGACAUUUUGACCGAUGGGUUGAACGACGACACUUCAGGAAAUGUCACACCGUCAAAAACUCGAAAGAGCAGGCCCAAGAGAACAAAAUCUCCAACGCCACCACGAGAUCUGCCUCCCCACGAGCUCUACUUUGCACAUAAUAAGCCCGGGCGGCCAAAGACAUCCGAUAAUACAUUGGGCUCGGUCUCACUACUCACACACGACGAAUACUUCAACGUACUGCACCAACACAAGGACCGUCACGCCGAUGACGUCGAGUAUUUGGAAAACCUUCAUGCCGAAUCCUUCCCGCAGUGGGCAUUCGAACUCUCCCAAGGCUACAGCAUAUGCCUCUACGGAUUCGGAUCGAAAAGAGCACUGCUACAAAAACUCGCCAAAUACUUGCACACUAAUCACCGCGGCAAACCCGCCCGACAAAUCGUCAUCGUCAACGGCUACUCGCACACAACCACCAUGCGAGAAGUCCUAACGUGCAUAGGCUCAGCCAUCGACCCUUCACAAAAGAUACCCACGUCUACACCAGCCGCCACAGUCCAAAUCAUUUCGUCCCAAUUAUCCAACACCAAUCUUGGCCUCACCAUCCUGAUCAACUCCAUCGACGCAGCGCCCCUCCGCAAACCAGGCACGCAAGCCAUCCUAUCCCAGCUGGCCGCCCAUCCCCAAAUCAACCUCGUCUGUUCCGCAGACACGCCCGACUUCCCUCUUCUCUGGGACAUUGGCGUCCGCUCCGCAUUCAACUUCGUCUUCCACGACUGCACCACCUUUGCGCCAUUCACGGUAGAACUAGACGUCAUUGACGAGGUUCACGAACUUCUAGGUCGCAAGGCCCGUCGCGUCAACGGCAGGGAAGGCGUGGCAUUCGUGUUGAAGAGCUUGCCGGAGAACGCGAAGAACCUGUUUCAGCUACUCGUUGGCGAGGUGCUUAUUGCGAUGGAAGAGGAGGGGAAUAUGGUGGACGAAGCAGCGGGCGUGGAGUACAGAAUGGUGUAUAACAAGGCGGUGGAGGAGUUUAUUUGCAGUUCGGAGAUGGCAUUCCGGACGUUGUUGAAAGAGUGGGUUGCCUUCUUCACCCUCAUCCGUAUUUGUUCGUGGCUGCUAACGGGUUAUAGAUUCCAUGACCAUCAAAUGAUUACGAGUCGGAAGGAUGCGCUGGGUACGGAGCUGCUAAGUGUACCCUUUCAAAAGGAUGAGCUGGAGGCAGUCCUGGAGGAUUUGAUGUCAUGA